AUGUCUCCAACAUGGCAUGUAUGUUAUCGCGAACCAAACAGAACUUCUUUAGUCAAGAUCGGUGAUCCGCGUGCCGGGAAGCUGAUGUUGUCCGACGGGUGCGGUGGAUAUGUAAGAAAUUCGGUCUACCACAAUCCUGCUGCGGAGAAGUUUGAAGAAAUGUGCGAGUGUGGGAAGUGUUUGGAGUUAGGAUAUUCUUCAGGGGUGUUGACGAGUCGUGUGGACGGUAGGACGGUGCUUCGAAUUGCGCAGAGUGUCGAGGGGGACGCGGAAUUCGACAAGGCAGAGGAAGCGGCUGAAGAUUCUCUGGACGUCGUAUUUCUAUGCUUAGACCGUUUUCCGGCAACUUUAAGCCUCAAACUCCUAUCAGAGAUGUGCCGAAUAAGCAUGCUCACGGCAGCAUUAGCGGUGAUGCAGCUGGGGGCUCAGGGUCAUGAGAGGGCAUCGAAAAUAUGUUACGCAGCAGCGGGAGACUCAGGCGUAAAACCUAUAGGUAAAGAUCCCCGAAGGUCAAAAACACCCGAACUUCUUAUGCCAAGUGAGAUGAUCAAGGCUAUCUUUGUCAAGGUCGCCGGGCGCUGGUACUCUAGACUGGACGGGAGGCGCGCUGUAUUUUCACAGCCAGGCGGUGACAUGCUACACGUUACAUUCACCGAUGAUUGCUCGGAUGAGGGUGAGCAGGUGGAAAUUGAUGACAAUCCGAACCAGGUUUUGGGUAAAAACGGGAGAGGGCGAGGAAGAACUCAAGAAAGACAGAGGUCAAGGCCUUAACAAACGUCGAGAAAAACGGACUGUCAGUUCGAUGUGAACUCAAUCUGUCCAAGAAGACUGACUCUACAAUACACUAACGCGAAGUAUGGUGAGAUUCCAGACAUCAUACGACUAUCGCCUCUGUUACAGAGAACGGUGGAGAUGUUAGUGCCAAUGACUGGGAGCUAUGUCCUUACUAAAAAGGUGUUAUUCCACUUGUCAGUCUUGUCGUACCAAGAAACUGAAACGCGUGUAACCGCGUUGUCUGACACCAAACAACGCGGAGAUGGCAAUGUAGGUAUGUGCAGCUCAGACAGAGAGAAAAUCAUGAGUCAAGAAGCUCGAGACGGGAAUCACCUACUAAAUGCCAAUGGCUUUAAA